AUGGCCCGGGUCAUAGAAGCUUCCAUAGAGCAGCACUAUGGCUCACGGCUGGGGUUCUUACAUAAUCCCCCGCAUGAGGCCGGCCCUGUCAGACAGAGUUACAUCUGCAUCCAGGAGCUCAAACCUGCAAUUCUGCUACUCAUUUACACACUGGGAGCUGACAAUUGCAUGAUGUGUGUGUCCGUCCUUCUCCAUCAAUUGCUCAGUUCGGAAGAAGAGUCCUGGUCGUUCCAAACAUCUAUUAAAGACAAUGCAGUCUACGAGCUUCUUCAGAUGUCCGCCAUUCAGACGCCUGCAAAUUUUAAGAAGCCAACCGACUUUAAACCCCAAAAUCAAAAAGUGCGUAACGAACAGAUCCGAUUUUUUUUCUUUGUUUCUCCUUUAGCGGCUUCGCUGCCCACCUUCCAAGCAACGCCGUCUGUUAUUUACGCCAAAAUCAACGGCUCGGAAGCGAUGUCCUGUGAAUGUCCAAAUCACGCCUGCCAGGAGGUUUUUUGGUACCGAUACCUCGAGAGGACGAAGACUCUUCAGUUCCUCGUGUUUGUCAACAGCGCUGGCAGAGAGCAAUAUGGAAAAAACCUGAACGGCACUCGGUUCAAGGGGUCGUUGUCCGGAGGAAACAGGCUGGGCUAUACCCUGCGUGUAACAGGACUACAGGAGGAUGAUAUCGGCCUUUAUUCCUGCAUGUUUAAAACUAAAAAUACUAUGCCUGUCGGAUAUUACAUAAUGCCUGGAGUGAAUCCUCCG